AAUAUAUCGACAUUCGAAUAGAGUUAAGUGACCUAAAGCAAACCAAACAGAAAAAUCGUUGGUGUAUAAUCAAAACAUUUCUAGUUGAUACAAACGAGGGCAGAGGUGACAUCAUCUGAAAUUAAAUAAAUGGCUCAACCGAACAUUCAAAUACACAGCAAAGAGUUGAAAGAAUUUGAGGAUUUAAUUCGAACGAAAAGCGACCUACCUCAGAGCAUUGACAAGUUACUGCUGCUCCGUUUCCUCAACGCACGUAGCGGCGAUGUCGAAGAAGCCGAAAAGUUGUUGCGGAAAAAUCUUAAAUUCCGAAAAAAGUGUCCCAAACUAUUUAACAACCGAGAUGUGUCAAGCGAUGCAUUCCAAGAAGCACGAAAAGUGGCCCAAGUAUUCCGGAUGCCGAAAGUAACGCCUGACGGAUACGAAAUUGUUGUCUUCCGGCUAACGGACACAAAUCCUCGCCACUUUAUCACCAAAGACAUUCUUCGCUCCAAUGUUACCAUGCUGGACGCUAGUUUUCUGACCGAUGCUGAUGCAGUGAAGGGAUCGAUUGGAUUAGUUGACCUGACCGGAUUUUCGUUCAUGCAUUUUCUGAAAGCAUUCAGCAAUCUUUCCCUGCAGAACUGGUAUGGAAAAUUUGUGCACCAAGCAGCACCCUGGAAACCGAUUCGUGUUCAUGCCGUUCAUUGUCCAGGGGUUGUGAAAAGGUUUAUAUCGUUUGUUGGUCCGCGAGUUCGCAGUAAUUACAUGGAACUUCUACAUUUCCACGACGACUACGAAUUAAACGACGAAGCUUUGCCGAAGGAGUUCAUUCCGAAUGAGUUCGGUGGAACAGCUGGUAGUAUUGAUGACCUUCACAAUGAUUGAGUCAAAUUUCUUGAAACUAAAAGGGACUACAUCCUGAAUGGCGACAAUUGGAUACUUGGA